GAUUGUCGAGGGCGUAGCAUUGUUAAAUCUACCAGUGACCAAGAUUAGUGUAAUUGUCGUGAGGUUACUUUGCCAAAGAGCAAAGUAACAAAUUUAUUAACACCAUGAAAGUAUGUGGUCCGAAAUAUGCCCUAUGCGGCUUAGUACUUUCUGUAUGGGGUAUAUUUCAAUUGGUCUUGAUGGGAAUAUUUUUCUAUAUAAAAAGCGUAGCUCUGGUAGAAGAUUUGCCCUUAGAAGGAAAGUAUUUUUCUAAUAAGGAAGAAUUUUAUACAGAAGCAGAAAGGGGCUAUACGCAAAAUGCAUAUAAUUGCUGGAUUGCAGCAUGUAUUUAUGUUCUUACAUUCUUAUUCUCUGGAUACCAAUUUUAUUUAAAUUCACGAUCCUCCCUUAGCGUUUAAGAAUAUAUUGUAAAUGAAGUAACAAUGCUGUUAUAGAGUAAUAUAAUGUACUUGUAUCAAGUGAUUAUUAUCCAAAUUAUAUUAUAUUCUAUUUAGAAAAACAAAAAAUAUCAAGAAGAACAAUAAUUUGAUUACUUUGUUAUGAACAUCUAAUUUUAAAAUACAUUCCAAGUUUACCAAAUAAUGUACAAAAUUGAUCCUGUAUAUGCGUGUAUGUAAUUACAUUUUAUUGUGAAUUAGAAAA